AUCGCGCUUGUUAUAUCCAACAUGGCGGAUAUAUUUAUAACAGAAGAUUUCGAGGACGGCGUAGAAGAUAGCGCUGAAAGCCUCUCACAAGCACCAUCAAAGCAGAUUCAAGUAGUUAUAAAAGGAACAGUGGAGUCUCAAGAUGAAGCUGAAAGUUCUGAAGAAGUAAAUGACCUUGAGAAAGAUAACAAGAUGACGCUAAAAACUGAAAGUGAGGCUGACCCCUUUAACAUUGAAGAGCUAUUUUGCCAUCCAGAUGACCUAUUGCCCCCUGUAUUAAAAUUGGAGAAAUAUGCCACCAGUGAAAUGGUAUUCAACAGACAAGUCGUGGCUCGGAAUCUUUUGGAGACGUUACGAAUGGUGCAGGGGAACCAGGAUGACGUCGCGCGUGUUAUUCACGUCCUUUGUAGCAUAUCCGAAGAUUUUGACUCAAGUGUUCGAACUGACCUUGUGGUCCAACUUCCCCACAUAGCAGCGUUUUGUAAAGAAGCAGAUUUAGAAAAUGCUAUUCCAGAAUUUUUGGUGCCAAUUAUAAUAAAUUAUUUAGGAGAUGAACUAAACCAGGUACGGAAAUCUUCUCAUUCAGUUUUGUUGUCGUUAAUAGAACUGAAGCUCAUCGACACUGAUACAAUAAAAAAGAGGAUUUGUCCAUUUGUGGUUCAUUUAACAGAGAGUAUUCAUUCUGAAGAACUCAGGGUGGAAUGUAUUUUGUUGAUGAGCAAAUUGGCCACAUUGUUGGGUAAAGAACUCACUGAAGAAGUUUUCUUGGAACACUUUUUUUUUUUAUGUGGUGACAAAACGAACAACAUACGAAAAGCUUGUGCAUCUGCUUUUGGUGAUUUUUGUACUGUAGCUGGAAGGGAAGUUACUGAAGAAGUUUUACUUCCUAGGUUCUUUGUACUGUGCGAAGAUGCUGCAUGGUGCGUUCGUAAAGCAUGCACAGAAAACUUCAUGCCUGUUUCUUGUGUUGUGUCUCGAGAAACACGGUGGAAGGAAUUAGCUUCUCAAUACAUGGUUCUUUUGUCUGAUCAAAGUCGUUGGGUACGGUUAACUGCUUAUCAAACUUUGGGACCAUUUAUUUCAACUUUUGCUGAGCCAGAAAAAACUGGAUUGUAUUAUAGUAAAGAUGGUGUGCUUACUGUGGUAGACUUUACACCUUCACCUGUUCAAAAUUCAUUGUCACAAGAGCUUUCCGACGAGGUGAAGAACAUGAAGUGUAAAGUUAGUACUGACUCUUCUGAAACUUCAAAAUGCAAUGUGAAUCACUCUAGUUUAGAUAGGACUAUUUCUUCCAAAUCCUGUGAUAGUUUAGUUCCUUUGAACAACGUGGAUGCAAGUCUUACUGCUUCAGAAGUUCCAGGAAUUACGUGCCAUGUGGGUAGUAAUUAUCGUACUGUGAUAGAAGUGAGCUCUCCAAACUUGACAUCACCUGCUGCCUCUAACAAUCAGGAAACUGAAAAUGUAGUUAAAAAUUUUCCAAGUGAAAAUGGUAUACACUCUGAUAAAGAGGGUUUUACAGAGAAUUCAGAUUCUGAAUGCAUUAACUAUUCUUCUAAUAUUCCUUCAGUAGAUUACUGUAGCAAUAUUUUUAAAUUACAAAACUCUAAUUUUUUGAUGUCUGAAAAAGACAGCUCGUUAAGUGAAAUUGCUCCAUGCAAUAGUGAUAAUGUUUCGUCUUUGGAAAAUGGCGAUUGUUGCAAAGAAAUGAAUGGUGAUAAUGAUAUUUCAGGGAAAUUUGAAGAUACUAAAAUUGUUGAAAACUCCAAAGUAGACUUGGAAACUAAACUUUUAAACUCAAUUACUGUAAAUGGUAUUAAUGUUAGCUCUUCCAUAGCUCUCGUUGGCGCUACAAAAUAUGAAAUCAAGCCAUUAGUGACUUGUAGUGCAUCUACAGAUGACUGUGAAACAGAUUUAAGUAAAUCGCAUCUUUCUACUAAACUUCAAGUAACAGAAAAUAAACUUCAAGUAGAUUUGCUUAAACAUUCCACUGGAAGUAAACUAUCCGAAAUACAAGACUUGCCAUGUAAAAUAAGUUCGUUUGAAAGCCUUGCGGGUGCUACACUAGAAUUGAACCAUACUCCAAGCAAUGUACAAAGUUCUGAGGAUUCAGUUGAGCUCAAUUCUACCAAUGACGGGUCCUUUCAUGAUGAGAGUGCCUUCAAUUAUUUUCAAUUCUGGCGCAUCCCUCUUCCAGAUGUUGAUGUCGAUGUAGAAUCAGUAGAUCCUAGUGACUCUUGUAAUUCAACAAAAUUGUGCAAUUCAGGAAGUGACUUUAAAUAUUUUGUAAGAAACUCUACAGAUCCUUUUGUGCAGACUGUCAAUGUUGUUACUGAAAAGUUGAACUGUAGAAGUAGUAUAUGGUCAAAAACAGAUGAUAUAACAUCAGAGAAUAAGGAAGGUGAACCACCGCCUGGAUCAAAGCAGAUUUCUGUUCAUGAGCAGGAUAUUGUGCCUCCUGAGUUACUAUCUCGUUACUUAAGUAUGAUAGAUGCUACUUGGGCCCAAACCAUCGAUGCCGAAAUAGCUCGCCAUUGUGCCUACAGUUUGCCUGCUGUUGCUCUUACGUUAGGGCGUGAAUAUUGGCCAUGUUUGAAAGAAACAUUUGAUGCAUUAUCUUCGGAUUUGCAGGGGUUCAUCAUGAUGUGGAAAGUACGCCGUACUGUUGCCUCUUCUAUGCACCAAUUAGCUGUGAUAUUAGGUCCAGAUCUUACUUCUAGCGACCUAUUGCCUGUGUUCUCACGUUUUAUUUGUGAUUUAGAUGAAGUCCGCAUAGGGAUUCUACAACACAUGUCUGAAUUUUUAAAGGUGCUACGGCUAGAAGAAAGGAGAGGUUUUCUUCCAAGUUUUCGCCAGUUUCUGAUCUCAAAUAGUGAUACAGACAACAAUGACAAAAACUGGAGAUUCCGUCUUAUUUUAGCAGAGCAACUUGUUUCAAUUGCUGACCUUUAUGAGCCUCAAGACGUCCGAGAAUAUUUGGUGCCUCUUACUCUAACUCUAAUCAGGGAUAAAAUUUGUGAAGUACGGCUUGCUGCAGUUCUGGUGAUGGCUGCUGUGAUGAGGCGAAUGAGCCAGAGUCCAACAUCUGACUUGACAAAAAACGUUCUAUCAGAACUAACAGAUAAAUUUAUCCAUGCCCCAAAAUGGCUACAUAGGCAAUUGUACGUUUACAUUUGCCAAGCCUUCAUCACAGAAAAGUCUCUUCCCCCAGACCAGUUUGCAGAAGAUGCUUUACCACAUCUUCUUUACCUGUGCUGGGACAGAAUUCCCAAUGUUCGCAUUGCAAUUGCCAGGUGUUUGAGUGUUGUCAUAUGGCCACUUGAAACAUUUUCAAGUCCUGAAAGUCCUCAUCGAGAGCUGUUGUUGCAGACAAUACACACCCUUCAAAGUGAUUUAGAUGCCGAUGUUAGGUAUUAUGCUAACAUGGUUUCAACACAUGAAUGUUCCUGUCUCCAGCAUGGAGAGUUUUCAAAUCUGGGGGAAUUGCCUGUUUGAUAUGUAAAUAAAUAGCUGUAAAAUCUUGUCUAGUCAUUUGUUGACUGAGAAUGCUUGCUGGCCAUCAUCAUUGAUAUCACAAUGGAAUUGCCAUAGAAUCCCGUGUGUGGAGAAGUCAAAGAUCUGUGCUCAAGAUUUUUCAUUAUCAAAAGACUUGAAAUUUUUGUACAUGUAUGACUAUACAAUUUGUAUGUUUUUAUGUAGAUCUGUGAAAAGUUUAAAAAAAUGAAUCACAUAGAAUGAUUUAAAGUUGCAAUAUUUCCUAUUUUAGUAUUUUACUUGAAUUUUGAAGCUGGUUUUCAAGCAAAUGUUUUCUACAAUGUCUAUAUAUUUUAAGUUUUAUUAAUUUAUUUUUUAAUGAAACGUUUUGUAGAAUAUAUUGAACAAGGAUUUUAGCAAAUGAUGUUUUUAAUUAAAAAAUCACCAAAAAAAUCGGAUAUUCCACAUUAUGAAAUUAAAUAUUUUGGUUUGUUUUGUAGAUAAAUUAUUUUGUAAAUGGAAAAGACAUAUCUAAAAUACGCAUGUUGAAAAGUAUAGCAGUUCCUUUCCUAUUUUAAUUAAAAAAUAUAAAUGAUUUUCAUUGUACUUAAAUCAUAUUUUGAUUUUUAAUAAAUUUUCAAAUUAC